AUGGUAAAUGGGGCAGACCUUAGAGUUAAAUUAGAAGAGAGAGGAGUUGCUGAGAAUUCUAUAGUAGUUAGUAAUGGUGACAGUACUCAUUUAUCAGCUAGAAAAGCAAAGAAGCGGGCAUUUAAGUUAGAGGAGGAUGAAGAAAUUGAACUAGGUUACAAAUAUUCAAAGACGCAUUGGAAGAGGCAAGAGAACAAUAGCAAUAAUGAGAAGGCCUUGGAUCUGGAGCCAAAAGCUAUCACAGAUCAGACUGUGAGGAAAAAGAAUAAGAGAAAAAACAAAGCAACAUGUGGUGUAGUGGAUGAUGGUGACGAAGAAACCAAAAGAAAAUCACCAAAGAAAAAGGAGAAAUGUGAAUAUAAAAAAAAGACAAAGAAUCCCAAGUCUCCAAAAGCGCAGGCAGUAAAAGAGCAGACCAUCCAGAGCUGUAGUCCUCCAAAAGGUUCUGCUAGAAACAGCCUUGCUAAAGUCAGAAAGAAAGGUGGUGUAGGCGUUUGUUCGAAAGAUAGUCCCAGUUCCUCCUCGGAGUCUGAGUCUUCUCAUGAAUCCACCAGUGAUGGUCUCAGCAAUGCCACUUUGCAGGUCAGAAAUUCCUCAGAGAAAGUAUCAGGUGAAUUAUCAAAGGAAGGACCCUCCACAAAAAACCCAGCCGCAAACAAACCGGCUGCAAAAGCUGGCAUUAACCUCACCCCCACCAAGGACAAGACCUCAUCAUCUUCUAGUUCAGACUCUAAUUCAGAGUCAGAUGACCAAUGCAUGAUAUCAAAGACCACCCCGGAGCGUGCUGCGAGUUUCUUAAAGACCAUAGGCCUCUUUGCAGGAAGAGGUUGUCCAGGUCCAGGGCCAUCAUCACAGUCUCCAAGUGCUGCUGGGUGGAAGCAUUCUGACUCAAACAGUGGCAGACAGGCUCCUGGUCCUCCUCCCAACGUGUCUCUCCCCCCUAAUUUAGGAAGAGGAUGGGGUAGAGGAGAGGACCUUCUCUCUUGGAAGGGAGCUAGGGGUCGGGGCAUGCGUGGGAGAGGGCGAGGGCGAGGGCGAGGGCAGGCUGUUUCUAGUCUUUUAAAUAGAAACGCUGAAUACCAGAAGCAGCAGCAGUUAAAUGAAACAAUAACAAACUCAUCUACUAUUAUCCAGAAUCCAAUAGAGACACACAAGAAAGACUAUACUCUGUUACCGCUGCUGGCAGCUGCCCCUCAAGUUGGAGAAAAGAUUGCAUUUAAGCUUUUGGAACUAACAUCUGAUUACUCUCCUGAUGUCUCUGACUAUAAGGAAGGAAAAAUAUUAAGCCACAAUCCAGAGACCCAGCAAGUAGACAUAGAAAUUCUUUCAUCCUUACCUGCUGUGAAAGAACCUGGGAAAUUUGAUUUGGUUUAUCACAACGAAAACGGAACCGAGGUAGUGGAGUAUGCUGUGACGCAGGAGAGGAGGAUCUCUGUUUUCUGGAGAGAGUUGAUUGAUCCAAGACUGAUUAUUGAAUCUCUGAGUAAAACAUCAAGUACAGAACUUGUCUGAGUGUGACCUCUCCACCUCUUGGUUUAUAAAUGUCGUAUUUGUGAAAGUGACUAUAACCUGAACUUUUUUUUUUUUUAAAAAAAAGAGGAUUUGAAAGUUGUAUGGAUUUUUUUGUUAUCUUCACUUUACU